GAAUAUUUAAAUGCCUCUUUUGUUUGCUAAAUUGUUGCGAGCAUAAAAUGCUCUGCGCCACAAACUUCAUAACAGAACUUCUGAAGUUUUUAUUUUGAAAUUCCUCUGUCACGUGCUACGUCUCCUCGCGGUCAUGACCGUUUUCUUUCCGUGAAAUCGUGAGUCACGGAGGCGGGGCCUCAGCGGCGGAUUCCCGGCUCGGUUUGGCUCCGCCAGAGAACGAGCCGCGCGCCGUCAUGAUGGGAAAGGUGUUGCCGCUGUGUUUUCUCUUCGCCUGCCUCGUGCACGGCGGGCUGUUGCUUUCUCACGUUCAGCAUUACGAGGUGGUCCGACCUCAGCGACGUCACGACAGACACAGGAGGAGCCUGCAGGAUGGUCAGAGUUAUCCAGAUACAGUUCAAUAUGAUCUGACAAUCGAAGGGAGAAACCGGACUAUUCAUCUGGAAAAGAAUUGGAAUCUUAUUGGGAGAAACUACACUGAAACAUUCUAUACAGAGGAUGGAAAAAGGGUCACAACAGCACCAAAUAAGGAGCACUGCUUCUACCACGGACACAUACAAGGCGAGGAAGACUCCUCUGUGAGCGUGCAGAUAUGUUCCGGCAUCAGCGGCUUCCUGAGAGCGCAGCAGCAGCUGUUCCUGAUCGAGCCUCUUGGACAGACGAUGGAGGAGGACCAUGCAGUUUACAGAAGUGAGCAGCUCAAGCGUAGCUCUGGCCAGCACUCUACCUGUGGCCUCAAAAGAUCUGCAGAGGACAGAAAGCAGCAGGGCCCGCAGCCUGCAGCCCUCUUCAUGUCCAGAUCACGGAGAUCAAAAUCCGUCCCAGAUCCACAAAAGUUUGUUGAACUCGUCGUGGUUGCGGACAACGCUGAGUACAGUCGACAUGGAAAAGAGACUCGACAACGGAUUCUUUUAGCAGUGAAUCAUGUUGAUAAGCUGUACCGACGCCUAAACAUUCGGAUUGUGUUGGUGGGCCUGGAGAUUUGGUCCUAUAGAGACCUCAUCAACGUGGAUCUGAAAGCAGGGACUACUCUGGACAACUUCCUGUCAUGGCGUCAGUCCGACCUCCUCCUGAGAGUGCAACACGACAACGCCCAGUUUGUGACGGGGACGGACUUUGAAACGGACACCGUGGGACUGGCCAACAAGUUUGCUAUGUGCACCCCAAACUCUGGUGCUGUUAACCAGGACCACCAUGAAAACCUGAUAGGCCUCGCCUCCACCAUCGCUCAUGAAAUGGGACACAACUUCGGCUUGUCCCACGAUGAAGACGGAUGUCUGUGUGGUUCCGAUGACAGCAGCACGGACUGUGUGAUGACAGAAAAGAUCAAAAAUGGGCUUUUUCCAGAGUUUUUCAGCAGCUGCAGUUUAAGGCAGCUGGAUGAAUUCAUGCUGCGAGCUCAGCCUAGCUGCUUGGAACUACCUGGCUCCGGCUCCGUCAAGAGCAUCGCUUUGGGCCCCCGCUGUGGUGACGCCAUACUAGACGCCGGAGAGGAGUGUGACUGUGGCACUUCAGAGGAAUGUAACAAUGCUUGCUGCGAGGCAUCAACAUGUCGGCUCACUGCAGGAUCCCAGUGUGCUCACGGACAGUGCUGUGAGAACUGUCAGUUCAAAGUGACGGGCAGCGUGUGCAGGAAGCCAGCGAGCGAGUGCGACCUGCCUGAGUACUGCACAGGAGACUCCCAGGACUGUCCUGAAGAUGCUUUUGAGAUGAACGGCAAACCCUGCUACACACAGACGCAGGGCUUCUGCUUCGACGGCCGCUGCCCCACACGAGAGCACCACUGCUGGAGGCUGUUUGGGGAAGGUGCCAAAGUGGGACCUGAUCUGUGUUUUAACUCCAAUAAAAAGGGGGAAGAUGGUGCCAACUGUGGAAGGGACAGAUCCGGCCCUAUUCCCUGUUCUGCAGGAAAUGUCAAGUGUGGCUCGAUGUUUUGUGUGAACGGAGGUGACUCCAUCACAGGCAAACUGGCCGUCUACAAUGUGUUCCGCUUCAAUUUAGAGUGUAGAGCCGCCGUGGAAGACGACCGGAGCAGAAACCUGGACAUGGUACCAAAUGGAGCCACAUGUGGACCAAAAAAGAUUUGCUUGAAUCAUCGAUGUGAGGACAUCUCCGUUUAUGAAAACAGGGAAGAUUGUGCAAAGAAAUGCAACAACAAUGGGGUGUGUAAUCACAAGAACCAGUGCCACUGUGAUCCUGGCUGGGCGCCACCUUACUGUGACAUUCGAUAUGCAGAUCUACCUCAAGGUCACACUGUGGUAGUCGCCGGUGUGUGCGCAGCGCUGUCCGCUCUGCUGGUGGUCUCGGUGCUGGCGGUCGGGCUGUGGUGCCGUAAGAGGACACUCAUGGACAGCCACACCAGAAAAAGGAAAGCUCCUUCCAAGCUGACCCCGACAUUCCAGGGAGGAGCCCGCCCUCAGAUCAGUCAGCCCACUCUGAUGGCGUCCACAGCCACGCAGGCCCACAGUCCUCUGGUUGGAGCUGUGACUCCCAGCAGAGCUGCUCCACAGCCUCCCAAGAAAGUGUCUUCAGUUCCGUCUAGCUCUGAAACUGAAGCGACCAAACCUCAGCCUCCAUCCAAGCCUUUACCACACCUGACCAAAACACUGCACAAAGGAGCCAAACCAAAUCCUCCACCUGUUCCUCCGGUCAAGCCCAGGCCUCCUGCAGCAGGCAACAUGAGACCCACUUUUAGUCCUCCUCAGCUUCCAGCGAUGUCCAGACUGCAAAGCUUCACCUGACAUUCACGUUCACAUAACGGGGACAGGAGGUGGACAGGAGGAAUCCAGCAGGAAGUUUACAGAGCGGACACGUUUACUUUUUAACGACGCCGUGCGGAUGAACGCUGCACCACAGACAGAUGGGCAGCUGCGCAGCUACUGCUGGACAGAGACUGGAAGUGAAAUAUUUUGACAUUUAAAGACGUUUCUCUUUUUCAGUUUGAACAAACUUGUUAGUGGGAAGAUCCAGCUCAGGUUCUGCAGUUACCCAUCUUUGAAUUUUGGUAAAUUCCUAAACAAAACAAACGUUUAUAUAUUUUAUGUUAACUUAUAAGAGUCAAAAACGACUGGAGAUGCACACAAAGCAGCCAAAUAUAAUAAUAAUAAUAAUAAUAAUCAACUGCUGGAUAUAUAAACACCACAAGAUUCAUUUGAUCGGCAGUGUGAUCAGUGGGUUUUUAAAACAGCAGCUGGUUUGGGGGAUUUUAUAUUUAUGCUUUUAGGUUUUUAUGUCUUACUGAUUUUAGUGUUUAUCCAUGCAGUCAAAACCACAAAUUUAGUCAGAAAAGACAUUUAUUUAUUUAUUCCUGCUGCUAAAAAGAUUUGCAGCUUCAAGUUGUAAUACUUAAGACAACUUGAAACAUGUUUUAAAAACAGAUCAAAUCCUGACUGUUGAUCAGAUUAGAAUAUAAAAGCAAUUUCUUGCACAUUUUUAUUGAAUUACUGGUUGGGAAUUUGACCAAAAUGUUCUGUGCUCGUUCCUGUCUUGUUGCUUCAGGAUUUCCUUUGCAGAUUCUAAGAGCGUCUUGGUGAUUUUGAUUGAUUGGAUUGACUUUGGUGAGUCAACUUUGAAUACAAAGCCAACUGCUUUGCAUUUAAAGUUCCACUCCUAUCAUCUUUUGAUCAAUUUUCAAAAUGUUCCCAGUGCUCUUUUAAUUAUCAUUAUGCUGUUUUUCGACAAAUAAAGAAAAAAACCUGUUGUUUGAUGGACAUAGUUUCUGCAGAGCAGCAGGAGUUCAUUAGAAAUUCACCUCUGAGUUGUGGGCGGGACUGUUGGUGUAGAGCAAGUCCACCCCCCUUCCCCUUCCCACAAAUACUCAGAAAUGCUAUUUUAAUCCUAUUAUAUUUUAGAAUUCCUCCAUCAACACAAAAAUGCCAUUUGAACACGCUAAAACACCAAAAACAUGACUUUGGUCGGCGCGGAUAUUUAAACGUAACAAUGAGGAGGAGGCGGCUGUGCUUCAUCGUUUGGGUUUUAUUGUAACUAAAGUUUGAAAGAAGCUUCUUCAAUGACUGUCCAGAUUUGAAAAACAGAAACAUUGUUAUUUAGGAAAUUCUGAAAACCUUUGAAGUGUUCAAAAUGUCCUUGAGUCCCAUCCAAAUUCCCUUUUAUACAGUCAGUAUUUAUUGUUUUAUACUUAAAAAUCUCUGAAUUGCUCUUUCAGAAGGCCUGUGUGUUCACAGACUUCAUGACAUGGGCUCCUGUGUUCAGUCUUGGGGGGUCUGAAGAAGCUUUUUUGUUGAAGCACUGAUCUCUUGGACGGCAGAUAUUCACUAAUAUUUGCUCUUUUUUUGUUUCGGAAAUGUCAAAUGGGAUUUGACUUUGUAAAGAUUGUUUAAAGACUGAAUGAAUGUAAAAACGGGGACAACGAAGAGUUUCUUUACUGGGAAUUGUGGGAUUUGUUUUUUUAUAAGCAGUUUACACAACUUCCAUCUUCUGCUCAGUCUGAAUAAAGGUGAAAGAUCCUCCCCUCA